AUGUCAGAUGAUUGCACGGACACUCAACAACGAAUAAACGAUUGGUUGAAUGGAGAGGCGAAGAAACACGAAACCGAGCCAACGUCAAGGGUUUUAGCCGAUAUUCUCUCCGAUUCAUGCUCUCUGAAACACGUCCGCGAGCAAUUUGCCUAUCCAAAGAACGGGAAAUUUCCGCAUGUUGAUCUGAGUCUCGCGAACCCAGACGAGGAAUGCAUUUACAUGUGCGGAAAUAGUCUCGGUUUAAUGCCCAAAGCAACACGAGCGUUGAUGGAUGAACAACUUACAAAAUGGGCAGAACAUGGAGUUCACGGUCACUUAUCCGAGCCGAUUCCUUGGGCUCAUGGAGAUGAAUGCGCAUUGGAUGGAGUGGCGAAGCUUGUUGGCGGGAAAUCCGAAGAAGUGGCGCUGAUGAACGGGUUGACUGUGAAUGUGCAUGUUCUAUUGACCGCUUUUUACAAACCAACCGAUAAACGUCACAAGAUUCUUCUGGAGUCAAAAGCUUUUCCAUCGGAUCACUACGCGAUUGAGUCUCAGAUUCGACUUCAUGGGAGAAGCGUUGAAGAGUCAAUGAUAUGUUUUGAACCUCGAGAAGGCGAAGAAACCUAUCGCACUGAAGACAUUCUCGACUAUAUCGACAAAAAUGGAGACGAAAUUGCGAUCAUUUUCUUCUCGGGUGUUCAAUAUUAUACAGGACAGCUCUUCGAUAUUCCGACGAUUACAAAGAAGGGGCAUGAAAAGGGUUGUCUAGUUGGAUGGGAUUUAGCGCACGCAUUUGGUAAUGUUCCUCUUGAACUUCACCAUUGGGAUGUCGAUUUUGCGGCUUGGUGUUCAUACAAAUACUUCAACACUUGUGCUGGGGGAUUGGCGGGAGCAUUUGUGCAUGAGCGAUUCAAGUACGAUAAAAGAGAUCGAAUGUUGGGAUGGUGGAGUCAUAGAAUGAAGACACGAUUUCAUAUGGAUAAUCAGCUUGAUCUUGACGAUGGUGCUGCCGGGUAUCGAAUCAGCAAUCCUCCGGUUUUUCUGGUGGUUCCAGUACUUGGAAUGCUUGAAGUUUUCAAAUCUGUUACUAUGGAACAACUCCGAAGCAAAUCCUUUUAUUUGACUGGGUACUUGGAGUAUUUAUUGAAAUACUACUGUGGCGAGGAUUCACCACACCGGAAAUCGAAAAUCUGGUGUCGUUCAAUUACACCAAAGAACUUUUGCGAGAGAGGAUGUCAAUUAUCGUUAAAGUUCAAUGUCAGUAUUGAUGUGAUCUAUAAAGAGCUUACGAGAAGAGGAGUUGCGGUUGACAAGCGAUAUCCCUACAUUAUCCGAGCCACACCCGUUCAUUUAUACAACAACUUUACUGAUAUUCACCGAUUCGUCAUGGCUCUUCAGGAAUCGAUGCGUGAAGCUGAGAAAUCUCUA